AUGGAACCUCUCCGAACACCACCAGAAACCUCCUCCUUCGUCCUCCUCGCCGACCACCAGUCGCGUACCCCAUCCUCCUUCCACUCCGGCCCCGCAGUCCUCCACUACCACAGCAAGCACUGCAAGCUAUCCAUCCUAGAACACGAGCUGCAAGCCAACCCAGUCCUAAACUCCCUCCGCAGCGCAGACGCGACAACCACCGCAAAUGGAACAGAGGCCCAAAACGGCUCUGAUGCCGAAGGCAAAGAGAUCGUCAUCGAUGGCCUAGACGUCUGGGUGACAUCCGACAAAUUCCUCCUCUUCAACCCAACCCACCAAAAAGGCCUCUCAAUUCCCUACCCCAGCAUCUCCCUGCACGCAGUCCAGCGCCUCACGCUCCCAGAUACCGACUCAGAGGUGCAAGGCUUAUGUAUCACCUUGACCGUUGUCCCGCCCCCGGAGUCCCAGGAGCAGCAGCAAUCCGAGGAGGAUAACAAGCCGGACGAGACGCCCACGCAGGCGCUGUAUAAUGCCGUCUCGGCGUGUUCGAAUCUGCACCCGGAUCCCAUGAGCGACGAUGAGGAUGAGGAAGGUCGUGGUUCGGGGCUGUUGUCGUCCGGGCUUGUGGAGAUGGGCAGUGGGGAUGGGGGGUUGCCGCCGCCGAUGGAUGGGAGUUCGGGGUGGAUUACGGCAGACAAUAUGCAUGAGUUCUUUGAUGAGGAAGGGAAUUGGAUUGGGGGUGGGGAGGAGCCGACUUUGUCUCUUGGUCCUGGGGCGGGGACUGUGAGGGCUCGUGAGGGGCAGGAUGGGGAUGGGGAUGAGGAGAUGCAGGAGGAUGAGGAGACAAAGUGGAGGAGAACGGAUUAA